CCCAGUCAGAGCUGGUUGAAUGUGGCUAGGGAAAAGAAAGUUUGGGGCUCUCUGCUGGAACUGCUACCCCCGCGACCCAAGCGGGAGAAGAUGGAUGGAUGACUGAACUUUCUAAUGGAUGUCAUUCACAACAGCAGCCAGCAUGUGGCCGGGCACCAACAAAAAACAGAAUUGUGGGAGGUCAAAAUGCGGCUGCAGGAACUUGGCCCUGGGUAGCCAGUAUACAAGUGAAUGGCAAGCACCGUUGUGGAGGGUCCCUAAUCAGCGCUAUGUGGGUUCUGACCGCUGCUCACUGCAUCUCAGAUCGCAACAUGACGGUUGUUCUGGGCCUCGAAAGCAUGUCUGUUCGAAACUUGAACAACGUGUCAAAGGCAAUUGAUAAGAUCAUAGUCCAUCCUAUGUACAACUCCUUCAAUUUGGACAACGACAUGGCUCUUCUGAAGCUGUCGAGCCCGGUGAACUUUACAGACUACAUCCAGCCGGUGUGCUUGGCCUCUGAAAACAGCACCUUCUACACCGGUGUCAACAGCUGGGUCGUUGGUUUUAGUUUUACAUCAAGUGGUGCCAAGGCCGACACCCUGCAGGAAGUGAGGGUCCCAAUCGUGGGAAACAAUGAGUGCACAUGUGCCCACCACGAUCUCACAGACAACAUGAUCUGUGCUGGGUUAAGAGCUGGAGCGAAUGAUUCAUGUCAGGGAGACUCAGGUGGACCAAUGAUGAUCAAAAAGGGUUCAGACUGGGUCCAGAGUGGCGUCGUGAGUUUUGGAGAAGGCUGUGCCUUGCCGAAGUUUCCUGGAGUUUACGCCCGUGUGUCCAACUACGAAGAUUGGAUCAAAAAUCACACUGGCUCUAGCCAACCAGGCUUUGUUGACUACAUGUCCUCAGGAGUUGAUAGCGACUUGGACUUUGUCUGUCCAUCAAUCCCCACCCAUCACCCCCACACCACAGAGGACGGCAGUGUGUUUGGCAGUGGUGAGAGAGUGAUCUCCUCACUCGGUCUUCUCCUUAUGUCUUUCUAUGCGCUGGUUGGAGGCAUAUAAACAUGGAGAUCUUGAAGCAAGACAAGUUUAGGGUUUCUGUGUCCAAAUGGCUCAUUCACUUGAUUUGAAAUGAGCCCUAAUUAUUCUUGUGAUUUAAAAUAAUAUAAUAAUUCAAAUGUUAUUUUCCUCAUUUGUUACUUUAAUCAAAGUGUUACAUUUAUCUUGAUUCCAUUUCUGGUGGAAAGUCAAUCAUUUUGCAGAUGACUGGAUUAAGAUUUUUAAAAAAAAUUCAAAGAUUUUGCAUUGUCUUGUAAAGAUUGUUUUCCAUACAUAACGGGAUAAAAAUAAAUAAAUGAAGAAUUAUCUUUUGUGUAAUAAAAUCGUUUCAUUUUUGGGUCAGAAGCCCUGAA